AUUACAAGUAAUAUAUAUCGAAAAUAAUGCACUAGUUGUAAGUCUUUCCUACGCAUUGACAUGUGACUUAUUUCUCGUAAUCCUCAUCAUUUGCUUCCAAAUCUCAGAUUUCUAAUCUUUUACUACAUAAUUGUAGAUCCCACUUGCAACUCUUUCUUUUCCUCCUUUUAAUAUAAAUGUAUAAAUAAGUAAACCAUCCUGGAAGCUUCACUUCACAGUUGAUAUAGUCACUUAAUUAGGUGAUACAAUUUGGUGUCAGCCCACACUAGCUAGCAGCCUAGCAUUUGCUUGAAUGUUGCAAUAUUCAAUGCCUAUGUAGGAUGUUACUAGUUGAGAUCAGUCCCCUUGAAGAGCAAUGGGGUGCGCGGCUUCUGUCUACCAGGUUGGAAAAAAGAAGAAGAAGAAGGGCAUCAUCCCUGAGGUCAGCAUAUUUGUCCCCUCAAUGCGUGUUCCUGCUCAAUGUGAUCUACAGAGGACACUAAAGGGUCUCAUUCCUAAGGAUCUUGCUGAUAAAUUAACUUUUAUAAGGAACCAGAUUCUGCUCAUCGCGCAAGAUACAGAUGUGUCUGCUAUUGAUGAAUUACAAAAAGCGCUCGAGGAGUAUUUGUCUCUUCUUGUUGGCCUUACUAGAAAAGAAUUCGGGCUUCAAGAAUUGAAUGGAUUUAAGUGGAAAAACUUGGAAGAUGGGCAAGAGCAGGAAACCUCUGUUGCAAACUCCUGGUUUGAAUUACUGUCUGUCCUCCACAUGAUGGCUAUGUUAACAUUAGUAGAGGCAAAUAUGAAGUUGAUACCAAAAGACAUCGCUAUGACUGAACGGGCUGUGUCCGGAGAUUGCAUGAGGGAUACUGUUGAUUUGCUGCUGAAAGCAUCAGGUUAUUUGGAUUUCUGUGUCCAAGAUGUUCUUGUCCACCUACCACCUGAUAUCAAGAACAAGUUGCCUAAAGAUCUGCAUCAGGGUAUUCUCGAAGCCACCUCAAAUCAAGCACUAGCACAGGGAACUGAAAUUCAAUUAGGUUUGGCUCUUGAAAGUCAGAAUGCUACUUUAUCAGUGAAGAGGAGGCUGGCAUGUGAAGCAGUAAGCUACUAUGCACAGACUCUUUGCUGCUUGUCUGGAGACAAUAAUUUCCACGGAACAGCGAAAAAGCAUCUGUUGUUCAUCAAAUGGAAGUAUCUUGAAGCAAAGGCUGCAGCUUACUACUACCAUGGUAUAAUCAUUGACAAGGGCACAGAACCUUCCUGCCACGUUAGUGCAGUAUGCUGUUUCCUCGCAGCAGAAGAACUACUUACUGAGAGCAAAAAAGCCUCCUUAAGUUUUUGCCUUGCAGAACCUGUCACCAGAACUCCUCCAGCAUGGGGUGUUAUGAAACAUUUAAACAAAAAAGUGCCGGAAACUGCUGCCAAGAAGUCCCAAAUGUAUGGCUACCUUUUGGACCAAGAAAAAGAUCUUCGAGUACUGCCUGAUCUUCCAGAAUUCCAGUUGUCACUCAAACCUGAAGACUACACAUUGCCAGAAGCAGAUUCAACAUGGGAUAUUAUACCUGGACAAAGCCUCAAAGAACAUCUAAAAGAUGGGGUGGAAACUGACUAACAUAUUCGGGCAUUAUUGUACUGAAAUAUCUAUAUGUACAUUAUUUAUUUAACAAUACAAGUGUUGAGCGGAGGUGCAAGGCUCAAAUAA